CUUUGCCCUACACCAUUGCUGAAGAACACCACCUGGACUUGCCGGGACAACAUCUCCUCCCACCGGACUCCCCGCCACACCUGGAGCCACCGGCCCUCACAGACAUCCGCCAUUACCAGAGGGAGCCCAGCGAGUCUGAUUUCCCGCCCCCGGGGGCCGCCCGGUCCAUUCCGGGCAGCCCAGAAGAGAGGAUCCGGAGGCUGGAGGAACUGGUGGACGGACUCGGGACGAUGCUGGACAUGGUGAAAGAGCAGAAUUCCAACCUCUUGGGCCGGGUGAAAUCCCUGGAGGAGUGUGAAUGCCGACGGCUGGCUUGCUUCUGGGAUGGGCAGCGCUACGAGGACGGCACUUCCUGGGAUCGGGACCCCUGCACCACCUGCCUAUGUGUGCGGGGCAAGCCGGAGUGUUCGCUGAGACACGACCGACCGCGUUGCCUGGGCUGUGCAGAUGCCCGAAAGGAAGGCGAGACCUGGGCCCUGGAACCGUGUCAGAUUUGCCGCUGUGAGGGUGGCACAGUGUCCUGCAAGGUGGAAGAUUGUCCCCCGGCUCCAUGCCAGCACCCUGUCCUCUCUGAGGGGAAAUGCUGCCCGGAGUGUGGGGACUGCCUGUACAAGGGCCGUCACCUGGCCAACGGGCAGAGCUACCUGGAGGACUCCUGCGUCCGUUGCGUCUGCAAGGCGGGCACCGUGCAGUGUCAAACGGCCAAGUGCCCAGAGCCGGCAUGCUGGGAGCAUCACGUGCCCCCAGGAGAAUGCUGUCCAGUUUGCCUUCCAGGUUGUGAGUACGAAGGGCUGCAGUACCAAGAGGGAGAAGUCUUUGUGGCUGUGUCCAACCCCUGUAUGAAUUGCUCCUGUCUGAGGAGUCUGAUCCGAUGCCACCCGAUCCGGUGCCCGCCGAGCCGCUGCUCCAAACCCAUCCCCCGGCCCGGCCAGUGCUGCCCCAUCUGCCCAGCUUGUGAGCUGGACGGACGUCCUCUGGAACCCGGGCAGAAGCGCCUCUCAGCAGAUGACUGCCGGCAGUGCUCCUGCUCUGAGGGGGAGUUGGUGUGCGUCCCUGCUCAGCAGUGCCCCAAGACUUGCACCCACGGUGCACCGCCCGCUGUUGGCUCCUGCUGCCCGGAUUGUGCCCGCUGCCUUUUCCAAGGAACGCUCGUGCCCAGCGGAGGGGAAUUCACCGGCCGUGACCUCUGUGAGCGCUGCGUUUGCGAGGGUGGGAACGUUGUUUGCUCUCCGGUCACCUGCCCAAAGCUGGACUGUACAAUCACAGAGGAAGUGGCUGGCCAGUGUUGCCCCCGCUGCCCAGGUUGUGUGGAUGGGACCAGCCGCUACGAGCACGGCGAGGAGUGGACGCCCCCUGCAGACCCGUGCCUGAAGUGCAGGUGCCUGGAAGGCAGUGCCGUGUGCAAACGGAGGCAGUGUGCAAGUCUGUGCCGCCACCCGGCCCCACCUCGCUGGGGAUCCUGCUGUCCCGUCUGUGAUGGUUGCCUGUGGGAGGGGCGAGAGUACCGCAGUGGAGAUCCCGUGCGGAGCGGGGAGCCCUGCAAGCGCUGCAAGUGCAGGGCUGGGGAGGUUUCCUGUGAGCGGCUGGACACCGACUGCCCCCCUGUGCCCUGCAGCCACCCUGGCAAAGGGCCUGGCCAGUGCUGCCCAACCUGUGACGUUUGUGAAUUUGAAGCGCACCUAUACCAGAAUGGAGAGACCUUCAGCCCUGGAGGUGGCAACCCAUGCCUGCGGUGUUCGUGCACAGACGGCCACAUCCGGUGCCGGGAAGAGCUCUGCCCCCUUGCCCCCUGCUCCAAGCCUGUCCGAGACCCAGAGCGCUGCUGCCCACUCUGCAAAGUUUGUGUCCUUGACGGUGUGGAGUUCGAGGACGGCACGGAAUGGGAGCCGGAAGGAGAUCCCUGCAGCACCUGCGUCUGCCUCCAGGGGGAGCCGGUGUGCAGCGCCACCCAGUGCCCACCUGUCGCCUGCCAACACCCAGCCCAGCUUCCAGGCUCCUGCUGUCCAACCUGCCAGCAGUGCUCCUACAAGCAGCGGCUCUACAUCAACGGGCAAGAGGUCGUCGACCCGGACAGCCCGUGCCAAAGCUGUCGGUGUGCGGACGGCACGGUGCUGUGCUCCCCCACUGCCUGCCCACCGGUGGUUUGUCCGCAUCCGGAGAAGAGACCUGGAUUCUGCUGCCCCAGAUGUCCCGACUGCGCUCUGGACAACCGUGUGGUGCCGGAGGGUGAGGAGUUGCCCGACCCACAGAAUCUGUGCCAGGUCUGCUUAUGCACCAGCGGGGAGCUCUUCUGCACCGAGCGGCACUGCCCGGGAGCCCUCUGCGCCCACCCGUUGCCCGGAUCCUGCUGCCAGAACAACUGCAACGGCUGCAACUAUGCUGGGAAGGAGUACCCCAACGGAGCCGAAUUCCCCCACCCCACGGACAAGUGCCGGCGAUGCCACUGCAUUAAUGGAAACGUGCAGUGCCUCUCGACCCGCUGCGGCCCCCUGGUCUGCCCAGAGCCCUUCAGGAUGCCCGGGGAAUGCUGCCCUCGGUGCCCAGCCCCCCCAGCCGGCUGCCUUUACCUGGGCGUCUCUUAUCAGCACACGGAGCGGUUCUACGACCCCUCGGACAAAUGCCGGGAUUGCCUCUGCAGCAACGGGACUGUCACCUGCCAACGCCAGCCCUGCGCGCCGGUCCGCUGCUCCCACCCGUUGAAGCAAGACUGCUGCCGCUCCUGUGACGGCUGCCAUUACCAUGGGAAGGAGCUGGCUAAUGGAGAGCAGUUUGCAGACCCCCAAGAUCCCUGCGGCGUCUGUUCCUGCUGGGAAGGGAGCAUCACCUGCAAAGCCAAGGCCUGCCCCCCGCUGGAGUGCCCAUUCCCCAUCGCUGGGCCCUGCUGUAAGGUCUGUGAAGGUUGUGAGUACCUCUCUGAGCACUAUCUGGAUGGCCAAGAAUUCCCCGACCCCCAAGACACCUGCAGUCUCUGCUCCUGCCAGGGUGGAUUCGUCACCUGUGCCAAAAAGCCCUGCUACCAGGCAGGCUGCAGCCACCCAGUCAACGCGCCCGGGCAAUGUUGCCCCGUAUGCCACGGGUGCUUCUAUGAGGGCGUCACUGUUAGCAACGGACAGAUUUUUGCCGACCCGGGAGACUCCCUCUGCUCCCAGUGUACGUGCCGGGGUGGUUCUGUCCAGUGCCUGAGGAAGCUCUGUGCACCGGCCCCCUGUGCCUAUCCGGUUCCUGGUCCAUGCGCCUGCCCCCUGUGCCAAGUCUGGAGGACCCCCAGCCCGACGGCAGGGAGCUGGCCUCCGAGGGCAUUCCCCGCCCCCAAAGAGCCUCAUCACUGCACAACUACCCCUAACCACAAUGACAUCACCCGGAAGUCAUUGCACUUGGGACGUCAGGCCGGGGACACUCUAGGAUUUGCGAGAGGAGAGGUGUCCUGUGGGGCCCGCCUGUGCCCGUGCCGCCCCUGCUCCCACCCUGCGCAAGACCCCUGUGGAUGUCCCAUAUGCGACGGCUGCAGCUUCCAUGGCCGAGACUGCGGAGACGGCGAGCGCUUCCUUGACCCCCAGGACGCCUGCCGCCAGUGCACCUGCUUGGGCGGCACCGUGACAUGCCUGCCCACAGCCGUGCCCAGCCACGUCUUGCCAGAACCCAGUCGCUGUGCCUGGAGAAUGCUGCCCGAAAUGCACAGGAACCUGCCUCUACCAGGGCGUCUCUACCAGAGUGGCGAGACCUUCCCUUCACCACAAGACGCUUGCCAGAGCUGCAGAUGCUUGGCGGAAGUGGUGACCUGCCAGCCCAAGCUCUGUCCGCAACAGCACUGCACCCACCCCUUGCCCCUCACCGCCCCGGCCUGCUGCCCAGCCUGCGACGGCUGCCUCUACGAGGGCCAGAAGCACGCCAACCGACAAGCCUUCACCCCGCCCUCCGAGCCCUGCCGGCGCUGCAGCUGUCUGCACGGCAGUGUGGCCUGCGUCCCUCUCGUCUGCCCCCCAGCACCGUGCGCCAGCCCUGUCCGCAGGCCAGGCCAGUGCUGUCCGGACUGCCCAGUGUGCCAGCAUGCAGGCGAGGAGUACCCCGAAGGUGCCCAAUGGCUCUCUUCCCUGGAUCCGUGUCAGCAGUGCUCCUGCGUGAAUGGCGAAUCCUCCUGUGAGCUGGUGCCCUGCGAAGACCCGCUCUGCUCCCACCCAGCUCUGGGCCCUGGGCAGUGCUGCCCGCUGUGCCAUGACUGCCUCUUCGAAGGAGAGCUCUACACCCAUGGGCAGGCCUUUAACCCCGAGUCUUGUCUCCAGUGCAGCUGCCGGGACGGAAAUGUCCAGUGUGAUGUCAUCCAGUGUCCCCUGACAAGCUGCUCCCAUCCAGUGACUGAGCCGGGGGUCUGUUGUCCCCGCUGCAAAGGUUGCGUGUAUGAGGGCCGAGAGCGGGCGGACGGCAGCCGCUGGCUUUCCUCCUCCGUGCCUUGCAUGGCGUGCAUGUGUGUGGAUGGCGUGGCUACGUGCGCCGAGAUCGUCUGCAUCAGCUCCUGCGUCAACCAGAUCGAAGUCCCCGGGGAGUGCUGCCCGCUGUGUGCAGACUGCAGUUAUGACGGCCGGCUCUACGGACCAGGGGAGAGUUUCCAGCCAGGAGGGGAUCCUUGUGAAAUCUGUACCUGUGAGCUGAUGUCGGACGGUGAACAGCAUCUGCAGUGCUACCGGAAACAGUGCCCCAGCCUGGUGGACUGCCCCCGGGACCAGAUCCUGCCCCCUGGCCCCGGGCACUGCUGCUCCAGUUGCGCUCAGGCGCUGAGCAACUGCACUUCCGGCCUGGUGGGCAAUGAGGUCCAUGCCACUGACGAGCCGUGCUACACUUGCCAAUGCCAGGAUCUGACCUGGGUUUGUGUGCACCAGGGAUGCCCGCUUCUGAGUUGCCCCACGGCCGAGCAGUUCACACCUCACGGUUCCUGCUGCCCCAUCUGUGACGAAUGUGUGAUCGAAGUUGACGGGCGACACGUGUCUGAUGGAGAGACCUGGAGGGACAGCGCUGACGACUGCGUCACCUGCUCAUGCAGUCUGGGGCACAUUGAGUGCCACAUCCAGGAAUGUGUGCCGGUGGUGUGCCAGGAUGGGCAGCUGAAAGUGCAGACGCCAGGACACUGCUGUGCCCAGUGCCAAGAUCCCAGCAUCAGCUGCUCCCACCUGGGCCGCACCUUUCAGGCCCACGAGCAGUGGCAGGUGGACGAAUGCACUGCCUGCACCUGUGUCUCCGGGGAGGCCCACUGCCGCAGCAAGCGCUGCCCUCCGGUUGCCUGCGCAGCGGAUGAGACCCCCGCCGUUACCCCUGGCAUGUGUUGCCCGCACUGCGUGCCCCGUCCCGCUACCUGCGUGGCCUUUGGCGACCCGCACUACCGCACUUUCGAUGGCAAGAUGGUCCACUUCCAGGGCGGCUGCACCUACAUUAUGGCUCAGGACUGUGACGGAGGAGAUUUCAGUAUCCAUGUGACCAACGAUGACCGUGGGCGCCAGGGUGUGUCCUGGACCAAGGAAGUGACAGUGUUGAUCGGUGACACCACCGUGCAGCUGCUGCAGGACCGGGUCGUCAUGGUGGAUUCCCAGACUGUGACCCUCCCCUUCCUGAAGGAACCUCACCUGUACGUCGAACUCAAGGCCAACACCCUCCUGCUGAACACCAACAUCGGUGUGAAGGUGCUCUGGAAUGGCCGCUCCCAUCUGGAGGUCAGCGUUCCCGGCACCUACAAAGGCCGCACUUGUGGUCUUUGCGGCAACUUCAACAGCUACCCUCAGGAUGACCUCCGGCUGCGGACCGGGCAGCUCACUCUGUCAGAAGCCGCCUUUGGCAACAGCUGGAAGGUGGUCAGCGACAACACCACAGAACGUGGCGGCUGCGCCGAUGGGCAGGACGUAGACCCCUGCAAAGAGACCGGCUACCGCUCCCGCAAAGAAGCCAACGCCCGCUGCAAGGCGCUGAAGCUGCCGCCGUUCGAGCGCUGCCACGCCGCCGUCCCUCCGGAGCCGUUCUUCGCCUCCUGCGUCUACGACCUGUGCGCCUGCGGGACGGCCAGUGGCGACGACUGCCUCUGCGAGGCCCUGGAAGCCUACGCCGCUCAGUGCCGCCAUGCUGGGCUGGUGCUGCAGUGGCGGUCGCCCACACUCUGUGCCGUGGGCUGCCCCCAAGACAGGGGCUACGUGUUUGACGAAUGUGGACCUCCCUGCCCCAAGACCUGCUUCAACCACGCUGUGCCCCUGGGGGUGCUGGAAUCCCACUGCUUCAAGGCCUGCGUGCCAGGCUGCCAGUGCCCAGCCGGGCUGGUGGAACACGAAGCUCACUGCAUCCUGCCCGAAGCCUGUCCUCCCAUCGUCCACGGCACCCUCUGAAUUGGAACUGGGCCGC